UGACGCCAUUACUCUCUUCAACGGGUCAUUUUUGACAUGAUUUAUCCCCAGUUUUAGUUUCUUCACCUGCUCUGCUCUUUUGGCUAGUCCCUCCCUCUCUCUACACACUCUUCCAAAUUCAAUGGCUCUCCGCUCUCUUGCAACCAGAAACACCCUAGGCUCAGCCUACAAGGCUGCAGCUCUGGGGAUUGCUCAAGUGCGCGGGCUGAAGACUUUCACUCUGCCAGAUCUCCCCUACGACUAUAGCGCUCUUGAGCCUGUUAUUAGCGGCGAGAUAAUGCAGCUUCAUCACCAAAAACAUCACCAGACUUAUAUUACCAAUUAUAAUAAGUCUCUUGAGCUUCUUAAUGAAGCUAUGGAAAAGGGCGACUCUUCUUCUGUUGUUAAGUUGCAGAGCGCUAUCAAAUUCAACGGAGGAGGUCAUAUCAACCACUCCAUUCUCUGGAACAAUCUUGCCCCUGUUCGUGAAGGAGGUGGUGAACCCCCACACGGUUCCCUUGGUUGGGCCAUCGACACAGAUUUUGGUUCUUUGGAGAAGUUGAUACAGAAAAUGAAUACAGAAGGCGCUGCUGUCCAAGGAUCUGGAUGGGUGUGGCUUGGUGUCGACAAAGCAUCCAAGAAGCUUGUUGUUGAGACAACUGCAAACCAGGAUCCAUUGGUAACUAAAGCACCAACUUUAGUUCCUUUGCUUGGUAUUGACGUUUGGGAGCAUGCUUACUACUUGCAGUACAAGAAUGUGAGACCAGAUUAUCUAAAGAACAUAUGGAAGGUAAUGAACUGGAAGUAUGCAAGUGAGGUAUAUGCGAAAGAAUGCCCGUCAGCUUAGAGCGCUUUCAGUUGUAUGAUGGGAGUAGGCUUGUGCCCCAGGUUGAAAGAUGAAAUAAGAUGAAAUGAUGUGUUGUAUAAUGUCUCCCAGUUUUCCCCAUCGGACCUCUUGUCAAUCACUGGUUUACUGGUUAUCCAGUUUAUGAAUCCGAAACGCUGCUUUGCUCA